AUGCCCAUCUACUCCUCGCUGUACUCGAAUUUUAUCCGUCAAGGAUCUACAUUCGCCAAAUCCGUCACCGCCCACGGCUACGCACAAUCCGUCGUAGCUGCUACUCACCCUCACGUCCUCAACUCUCAGAACCGCCCCGUCUUUCGACGACAGCCGAACCGGUCCAGUCGUGCCUCGGCGUUUCCCCUCUAUUCUGCCUUCCAUAACGAGAAGCUAUCAUCCGGGCUCCCAGCCGAGCACCGUCAUGUCUCAAACCAUGGAGGUCUAGAUGCCUACUUCGAGGCCCUGCAGAAGCAGCAGGCCGCCGGAGAGGAAGAAGAUAACGAGUGGACACAAUUCGAUUUCCCCAAGCGCAUCGAGUGGAAGCCCAAUGCGUCAUCGGUUCUCGCUGGUGAGAAUGGGGUCGAGGCCAGCGCGGAAGCUGCCGAGCAGGUCGCUGCGGCCGAAGCCAGCAAUGAGAUUGUGGAAUCUCAACAUCUGAUGUCGGCGGAGGAGGAGGCAGCUCUUGCACACAUCGAUGCUGCUCUGGAAAAGGAAAUCCAGGCGCGGACUCUCCAAGCGGCUGUCGAAAAAGCUGCCGCUGCAGGUCUCUCUCUUUCUGUCCCUCAUUCACGUGCGCGGACGCCUGCGCCUGCGGUGGAAACAUCACAAGGCACAGCUCGCAUUUCCCGCACGGGUUCUCCGUCUGUUCAAGAGCAAUCUCAGUCGUAUGCGGAGCAUCUAGAGAAGCUGUCGGGUGCCGCCCGGUAUGCUGAGAUCCCGGCCGUUUUCGAGGCCAUGCUGGCGACUGGCGUCCAGCCCAUUGCCAGUGCCUACAACGCUCUGCUGUUGGCCGCAAUCCAUUUGCCUAGCCAGCGAAGCGAGGUCGUCUCCAAGGCGCUGGAUGUUUAUGCCGACAUGAUGCGCCGGCGAGUGUCCCCUGACGGCCAAACUUUCAACAUUCUUGUCAACAUGCUUUCUUCGCGUUCUCUCGAGGUCUCAGAAAUGAAGUCACUUCUUGAGGAAAAACGACUGCGAUAUGGUGGAAUGGAUGAGCCCGGCAAAUUCAUGUUUACCUCGCACGAGCUGGAGCACGCCAUCUUGUGUGAGGAUGAGCGCCUCGAUCUGGCUGUCAAGCUGUUUGACAUAUCUUUCGACGCCGGCAAAGUUUCGUACUCGGCAGAGACGUAUCGACAGCUGAUCUCGGCCUGCGCUCAGGUAGGCCGAGUGUCCGAUAUGCUGCGAUUCUAUGAGCAUAUGGAGCUCAGCGAGAUCGUUCCUUCGGCCGACGUCUUCCCCACCAUGAUUACCGCAUAUGCCAAGUCCGGAAAUCUCAUCAGCGCUGUGGAGUGCUACAACGAGUACCGUAGCCUGGCCAUCUCUCACGACGCCGGAAGCUCUUCGCUCGGCGAUCGACUGGACGCCCAAGUGUAUGCCUCGGUCAUCAACGCCUAUGUCAUCUCCGAUAAGAUUGAGGGCGCAAUGAAGUUUUUCAAGAAGAUUGUGGACGAAUAUGGCGUCUCCGUCACCGAUAUGAAAGAUGCCUUGGUCGACCUUGGCUUCAUCAAGGGAUUCAUCGCAAGGGGUGUCUUCCAAGAGGCACUUCAGUGGGCCCAGUCCCUCAAUGCUAGCGCCCGCGACCAAGCCAUGAUGAAGGUUGCCACGAUUGCUGCUGAUGGCAACGAUGCCACCACCGCGAUUGAAGCUUAUGCCAAUAUCCAUGCGGCAAAUCUUCAAGACCUCGCUGCCCCCUCGAUUGCCCUUCUGGCCAUGAGCGUGCGGCUCGGCGAUGUUGCCUCGGCUUCAAAGUAUUGGCACGUUCUCUCCAACCCCGAGAUGCAUGCCACGGCUGCCUUCAUUGAGCCCACUGCCAUGUACGCGGUUUCGCUCAUUGGUUCCGGCCAGGUUGCAGAGGGCUUGGCGCAGUCGGAGAUGAUGUUCCAAAGAAUCCGAACCACCGAGUCCGAAAUGCGCCUCCAGCUUGCCGAGGAGAUUGAUGAGGGCUCCGACUUCAUUGCCCGCUACAUGGAAUCCCGUGGUAUUGUGGACACCCGUGAGCUGGCCUCCCAGAUGUCGACAAUCCCGUCACAGGCGCAUAGCAUUUCUCCCUACUUGUCUACCCCCACAGUCUCCAGCUACGAGGACAACUAUGACCCAUAUGCACACAACACCGACUUCAAGGGCUCCUCUUUGAUCGCCGAUGACUUGGAAGGUAGCCAUGGCCGCAAGGGCCCUCGUCUCAACGAAGCUCUCAACCGAUUCCGAAACAUGCGACGAGCUGGCAGACACCCCCGAUAUAUCACGUAUGCAAAGCUGAUUUCCGCCGCUGCUCGUGAGAGCAAGAUGGAUCUCUGCCAGGAUGUUCUCGCCAUGGCUCGCACUGAUGUUCCCCCGAUUGCUCACAAUGCUGUAGUCCGUUACGGCUGGUCUUCGAUUCUGGACGCAAUGGUCGGCGCUUGCCUGACGCUGGGUAACCGCGGACGGGCUGAGCAGUACCACCAAGAGCUGCUUGAAAUGGGCGCCACGCCUUCUGCAAACACCUUUGGGCUGUACAUCACCACGCUGAAGGACUCCACCAAGACAUUUGACGAGGCCUCGGAAGCAGUUCGCAUCUUCUUGCGCGCCAAGACCGAGGGUGUCGAGCCCAGCUCUUUCUUGUACAACGCACUGAUCGGCAAGCUAGGCAAGGCCCGUCGCAUUGAUGACUGUCUCUUCUACUUUGCGGAGAUGAGGGCGCUUGGCAUCAAGCCAACUUCGGUAACAUAUGGCACCAUUGUCAAUGCACUGUGCCGUGUCAGCGACGAGAAGUUUGCGGAAGAGCUCUUUGACGAGAUGGAGGCCAUGCCCAACUACAAGGCGAGACCGGCACCCUACAACAGCAUGAUGCAGUUCUUCCUGACGACAAAGCGAGACAAAUCCAAGGUCCUUGCCUAUUACAGCCGCAUGAUGUCCAAGGGCAUUGCCCCCACCUCUCACACUUACAAGCUUCUGAUCGACACGCACGCUACUCUGGAGGCGGUGGACCUAGAGGCCGCCGAACGAGUAUUGGAGGAGAUGCGCGCGGCCGGCCAGCGACCCGAGCCGGUGCACUAUGCAUCGCUCAUCCACGCCAGGGGUUGCGUUCUCCACGACAUGGAAGGCGCGCGAAAGGUUUUUGAUUCGGUCGUAGAGCAAUACCUGGUCCCUGUCAACGCCAGCAUCUACCAGGCUCUGUUCGAGGCCAUGGUAGCCAACCAUCGGGUUGCCGAAACCGAGACGGUCCUUGCAGAGAUGCGAAGCAAGAAGGUGGAGCUCACGCCCUACAUUGCCAACACUCUGAUCCAUGGUUGGGCCGCAGAGAAGAAGAUCGAAAAGGCCCAGGCCAUCUACGAUGCUGUGCCUCGUGAGAAGCGCGAGCCUAGCACGUAUGAGGCCAUGACACGAGCCUUCCUUGCAGUCGAGCAGAGAGAAGAAGCAAAGGCAGUCGUGGGAGAGAUGCUUACUCGCGGAUACCCCAGUGCCGUGGUCAACAAGGUUCUUGAGCUGCUCGGCGGAGGCCAGGAGGCCAGCUUGGAGUGA